AUGAAUUUUUAUAUGCAAAGCUUUGAUGGUGAAACCGGGCAAUCUGUUUAUAAACAGUCAGAUGAUACGAGAGAACUAAAUACUGACGAAUUGCUAUUUAUAAAUCGUUUUUUUCUUCUCGAACUGUAUUGUUUUAAAAAUGAGGAAAAGCAGGUUCAAUUUGUAUUUUGGGAUAAUAAUACACACUCAACAUUUGAAGAUGCCCUGGCGCUCCCUGACGGUCUAGCGAUAUUGGCAAAUCUCUUUUACGAAAAGGAUUUAAAAGAAAAACCUAAAGCUUUCACCAUGUUGCAAAAUAUGGUAGAGAGAGGACAACUUAACAUAGGAGGAAAGGUAACAAUGUUAGACAAUAUCGAAGAUUUUUUAAUUGAUCUAUUACCAAAUGGCUCUUCGCAAGGUCCAAGAUUUGAUUUCAUAAUCAAUCUGGAUUUUUAUACUUAUUCUGGUUCAUUAACUACAUAUGAUUGCACCGACAGAGUGACGUGGUUUGUCAUGAAGGAUCCCAAACCUGCUGAGAUUUCAAUGUUACGAAAGAUUUCGUCAUCGGAAAAUCAUCCAGAAGGAAAAUACAAAGGCAGAAUGUGUGAUAAUUUUAGAGAACUCCAGUUUCAUCCUAGAUAUAUGGUUUUCUGGUAAUAAUAGUUAAACUGUCAAUAAUAACAUUAGCUGGCAAUUUUAAAAAUAGAACCAAAAAAAUAUUUUGGAUUUAAAAAACUAUUGUAUUA